UGUACAAUUGUACAAGACCACAGAAAAAAGAAAAUCAGACAUUUCUCAAAAUUUAGCAGAAGUCUAAUUUAAAAUGCCCACACACAAAAAAAAUCACUUUAAACUGGUAUGUUCCUCCAGAAAGCUAGUUCUCCUGCACAACAAAUCUAUCAUCUGCAUUAAAGUCAAAGUUCUGAAAUGAAAUUACUAAUUUUCAGAAUAAAGUCAUAAUUCAGACAAAAAAGCUAAGUUUAAACUCAGAAAUAUAUUUUUUAAUCAUGAUUUCAUAGUCAUAACUUAUGACUAUACUUAUGAAUCAUAAGGAUUAGCUCAUAGCCUAUCAAUAUGCAGCUCCAAGAUAUAAAAACUCAGAUACCAGACAGAACAUCAUGUAUUUUAGAUGUAAUUUAUUUAAACGUUGCGUGUAUUCACAGUCGCGCGCACGUAAAGGCAAGGGGAACCACAAGUGGUGCCUUGUUUGAAGAGGAAGUUUUACACAUUAUUAAAAUUUUGUGGUUGGAAUGGAAGAAAAUAAAACAUUACGCGGAAAUGUGAGAAGGUCCUCUUAUCUAAAGAGAGCCAGGCAGACGCUUACGGAGAGGCGAAUUUCGCUGGACCCUUUGGGUUUAGCCCAAUUGGAGAAUCUUGGGGCUAACGCCAUUAGCAUCUGCUUCUGUCUCUAAUCUGCUACAUCCGAAGUUGACGCUUCAUGUCCGUUCAUUUUCCGAGGGACUGAUGACGUCUGCAGCCUGCCUGCAUCACCAGCCACAAGUCGGCUUCAUCUUCAUACUGGAAGAGCGGAGACACAGAAUGUGGGGGGAGCAUCAGUGAUUGCCAUGGUAACAUGUGCAGAGUGACGCAGUUUUGUGCUGAGGACAAAGAAAGAAAAUGAGGAAGUGGAACUGUGUAAGAUUUUUUUUAACGGUUGUCAGUCUGGAGUCUUCAUAAAAUCUGAUGUCUUAAAUUACAAGGAAAAUGAACUUCUGUCCAGGCUGUGGAAAUCGAGUGGACAGUUCAUAUAGGUUCUGUCCUAGUUGUGGGUUUAAGCUCUAUCUCUUAGCUCAAAACAGGACACAAGAUGCCUCCUCAUCAGAAAACCAGCCUGCUGUCACAAAGGAGAACCAAGACAAGGAUCAAGAUCAGGUUGCACAACCUGAACAAGAGCACCAGAAUGAAAUACAGGAGAAGAAAGCUGUUGAUGUCAGUGACUCUGGUCUUACCAGAAAUAACACUCCUGGCACUGUCUUAGAGGACACGAGAAAGACGUCCUCACAGAACCAGGCACCACAUGUUGUAAUCCCUCAGAUCAAAGGACGUUGUACUGAAGGCACAGGGGCAUUUCCUGUUGCUACUGAUGGGAAUGAUACACAAGACUCUAAAGAAACUACUGGAUCAAACAUUUCUGUCAACCCAGCUGAGCCGCUUACACCUUCAGGUACUAAUCAGACAGAGAAGCAAUCAAAAGAAUGUAGUUCCACCACUCCUGAAGCAUCUGAACAAACACCUCAACAACAAGAAGUGUCAAAACUGUCAGCAUCUGAAGAAGAUGAAGAUGCAACAGUGUCUAAAGAUAGACUAAGUGUGGGUGGAACUCAAGAUAAUGGAAAACAAAUCAAUAAAGAACAUGCAGGUUAUAAGGAGAACCAAUCAGCUCUUGUUGGAAGUUACCCAGAUGGGGGUACUAUCAAAGACACAGAGAGUUCCCCAAAUGUAUGUUCUGAAACAAAAGAAACAGACACCUUAACUCAGGAACAGUGGAUUGACUCAAGUACAACUAGAAAUGUUGCUAAAGCAGAAGACCAAUCAGAUCACAUGCAACAGAAACUACCAAAGAGUGCACAGGAAGAAAAUCGUACAGGGGAGGAUUGGGUAGUUGUGUCUCAUGAGAACAAGUAUCAAGCAUGCAGCGAUAAAACCUCUGGAUCAAACCACUCUGUCUCUAUGCCACAUCUCUCCAAUACAUCUGGCAGCAAUACACAGACAGAACAGCCCAGAACACACCCACCAGUUUCCAGUAUCGUAGACCAUCCAGACGCCUUACAGGUUCAUUGUGACAAGUCAUAUGACAUUGUUCCUAAGACAUUGCCUAAGACUGCAUCGCCAUUAUUGCCUGAAGAAUCCAAUAUCACUGGAUCUGAGUCAGCUGAACAAACAGCUAAUGAAGGAAACCAAGCAGAGCAACCUACCAAUGUAGAAAAUAAAGAUGUGGUAAUAGCUCAAGAAAAACAGGAUACCUCUGUGAAGCCAGAUGAUAAAAAGACUCCCAUAAACAAUCAAAUGGUCAGUAAUCAAGAUGGCGAUCAACACAUCCAAACGGUUGAUACUAACAGCAGAAAUAAUGGAAAGUUUGUUGAUUUGUCUCCACACACAAGAGAAAAACCUAAAUGUACAAAGGUUUCUGAAGUUCCGUCAGAUAAGACGAUAAGCUCACAGAUGCCAAGAAAACCAGAACAGCAACCAAGCAUCAGAGACCAAGGUGUCUCAGAGCUGUCUUCUCCCCACAGCCCACCCAGGAAUGAGGACCCAGGUUAUCCAGUGCCAGCAAAAAUAUCUAAAUCCACUGAAUUACCAACUUCAUCAAACAGGGAAUAUGUACAUGUGUACUUCCAUGCAGUCCCUUCCAAAGACAUAGAUCCAGAGAAUGACAGAAUUUUCCUAAUGUCUGAAAAACUUUUUGGGAACUGGCAUACACGGAGCCAAGAAAUGUCCUUCUUCCAGAACCUGGGGGACAAACAGUAUCUUGUUGUAGCAGACUUUUUGAUUCCCAAAGAUGUAAUUCAUUUGAACUUCCCUUACAAAUACUUAAUAUACAAGAAUGGCGAAAAAGAAAAGUAUGAGGAGAUCUACAACAAAGAAGGAAAUUUAUUGAUCAAUAGAUGCCUGUCAAUCAAGGAAGAAUAUUUAAGUCCUGAAGGGUCAUGGCAUCAGUAUGAUGAUGUCAUUUACCUGGAACUUAAACGUCACUGGCCUUGGGAUUCCUUAAGGAGCACUGUGGUUAAAGGAAGAGAUCAAGCUGGCCAGGAGAUGCUAAAAAUCAUCUUUGAUCUUCUAACAACAUGGAAUAAACAAAAUGUGGAGAACUUCUUUUUUCUUCUUCAACAGUUCAUAUAUGAAUACAGCUUUCCUUCACUUCAUAAUGGUAAUAAGAGACUAUGGGAGCUAUCAUAUGGUGAAGAUCAGGUGAAAAAAAUGCUGAGAGAUUUUUUAAACAAAAUUAUCAACAAGCCUUGUUUUCACCCGCUACAUACUGGAGUUGUUGCCUUGCUUGUCAGCAACAUGCAUCUACAGGGAUUCAUGGCAACUCAGUGUUCUACUUUGUGUGAUCUCCUUUGCCUGCCCAAAAUGGCACAGCAUCAUUUCGAAAAGUUUUGGAAAGACUUUGGAGAUCCUUUGGCAGAUAAAAACAGUAUUGCAGAUGUUGUUCAGAGGUUUUGCGACUAUGCAAGACAACACACAGCAAAGUGGGUCUUGGUCAUCCCCUUGAUUCAUCUGCUGAAAGGAGAAAGUGAGCCGUUUCAGCCAGUUCCACCAGUUUUUGAUCCACAAUUUGAUCCCUUGAGGACUGUGAGGCAAAGCAAAGGAUCUUUCCCUUCUGACAGUAGUUCAAAGAGUCUGAUCAAAAUCAUCAAAGACCAUGCCUACCUUGUGAACAUUGACCAACUUCUUGUGCGAUCUUGGAUGUCUCUGCUGCAUUUGGAAGAUCUGAUGGACUUUUUGACUAAAGUGCAAGUCGAGCUUCUUGAUGUCCUUCGUUAUAUGCAGUUCAGCAUGAAAUCUAAUAUAAAUCAUUCCAGCUACAUGGCAUUAAAAGACUUGUCAUUGCAUCUCAUCAGAAAGGAAUGCAAUCAUAAGCAAAGUUUUAAUGACAGAUAUGGGGAGUGUUGUCUAAAAACCGCUGUGAGACUACUUGGUUCUGUCUGCCGCAACAUAAAAGAACCAGACCGCUGUGAUGUUCCUCUUCAGUUCCUGGAGCUCGUCUGUUUGAUCUCUAAGAUAUAUGGUCACACUGAUUCUGAGGUACAAAAGAAAACCCAGGAAGAAUCAUUCGGAGAGACAUUGCAAAUAAUAACAGCAUGGCGAAGAAACACUUUUAACAGCAAACUGUUUAACCCAUGGGUUCACUUGGAGCUUUCUUUUCCCUACGAAAUGAAUGUCUGGACAAACCUACUUUCAAUGUCAUUCAGUCAUGAGGAACAAACUUCUUUCUGGAGAAACACAUUCUUAAAAGACUUUGAAGGAAAACUAAAAAAGGAGGAUCGUGUUAAUCAAAUUGGACUCUACUCUAAAAUGGUAGAAGAACUGAGCAACACAAAUCCCCUACUGUUCAUUAUUGAAAAAUGUGCCUUGGAGGCUGUAGCACAUAUUUGCCAGGAUAAAUCUAAUGUAUCUAUGAAACAACUUUUGGAGACACACAAUAUAUCAAAAUUUGGAAAACUGAUGUCCGUUGUGGUGCUCAAGUCAUGGCCAGCAGAUUCUAAUGGAGAUCAUGCUGAAGAUGAAGACUUGACAUUUCAGUACCUUUUGGACUGGCAGAUGGCAAAAACUGUCUUCCAAAUGGCAGGUGCUGGAGAAGGUCUGAUUAACAAACUGUCAGAAGAAGCACAAUUUAAGAUGACGUUGGGAGCUUCAGUGUUUAAAUCUGUCUCUGAAAAGUUCUUCAGUGGGCAGAUCAAAAUGAAAACAUUGAACCAAAUUUUUCAGAGAGAACAAAACUUUCUUGGUUUGCUGAAAAUAGAUUACUUCUGUGAUGACGGUCGUUGUAAAGAUGAAGUCAACAUGAGAAGAUUUUUGAGACUAAGGAAAGAGGAAGCAGAUGCAGUAUCCAGUGAAAAAGAGAUGAUCAGAGAUCUCUUAGAAUUCUGUCAGGAGGUCUCUAAAUAUGUCAAAGUUGACUUCCAGGGGUUGGACAAAAAUCUUCAACAGAACUUUGAUUCAAAGCAUUUGAAUGAAUUCAUGGCAGUUUGCUCACUUGAUAAUUUCAGUUUGCAGACCACAAGGAAGGUCACUUACUUUAACCUCUCUGAUACCAUCUAUGAAAUGGCUUCAGAACUACAUGACAUUAAAGACAGCCUGAUCUUCAAAAUGUGCUGGACCAACCAAGUGAGAGAACUGUCAAGAGAACACUCUGAUGAAGAAGAGGAAGAAAAAGAAGAAGAGGAAACAGUCUAUACUCUUGAUCUUGUUCACAGCAAAAUUUUCCAGAGUUGCUACAGCCAGUAUAAAAACCUUUAUGAUAACAUUAAGAGUGGGGAACUGCUACUGGAAGAAGUUGACAACAUCUUUGAGGUUUACAUAGGAAAGUAUGAAGACCUGUGCAAAGAUUUUGACAUAAUGUGCAAGAUUGACCGAACUGAUAACAGAAAAUGGAUCAGUAAAAGAGUUGCACAGAUAAGGCAGUACCAUGAACACCAUUUGGUAAUGGACUCUACUGAAAUAAUCAAGAACAUCAAGAAUGUGUUAUGUCCAGAAGGAAAUUUCAACAUUCUGGAGAAAUUACUGCAAAUGAAUGACGACAACUCCAAGACAAAGAACUUGAACUACAUUGAUUCAAGCUUUGUCCGUGCAAAAGAUAUUCUGAAAGACAUAACAGAUCAACGCAAGGAGUGUCUUUAUGUGCUCAGUCAAAAUGAAAAUUUUAUUAAGUGGGUCAAAAAGGAACUCGAAGAUAUCAAUGAGCUGAAAGUGUUUGUUGACCUGGCAUCCAUUUCUGCUGGAGAGAAUGAUCUAGAUGUGGAUCGAGUUGCCUGUUUUCAUGAUGCUGUUCUUGGUUAUUCAUCACUGCUGUAUGGGUUGAAACAGGACUCCAGUUUUCAAAAUCUCAUGGAUUCUCUGCCAACCCUAUGGAAAGCUCUUGAGAAUGACAAAAACUUACCAAAAAAACUGAGAGAUACAGCUCGUCAUCUGGAUUGGUUGAAAACCGUCAGAGAAACCCAUGGAUCUGUCGAAUUUUCUUCUUUGUCCUUGGCUACAUCCAUUAAUGAGAGAGGAAUGUAUACUAUCAGGGCCCAAAAUCAGAAACGGUUGAAUUUGGAGUCUUCCCUGAAACUCCAGAUUCAAGAUGGACAAGGUCAUAGCUUGACACAUAACUACGAGGAUCUAAAAGAGCUACAAAAUAAGCUCAUGCUCAUGUCUGGAAAAAAGCAACAAAAUCAGACUGAAGUGGAACGUUUCACUGAGGUGUUUGAAAAUGUCCAGAGACUUGCCAAAGCAUUUAUAGAUCUUCAUACAGCAGGGAAUCCACUUUUCAGAUGCUGGGAAGCAAAGAUCUAUUGCAAAGGUCAAAGUGAUCAAUGUAUCACCAUGGAAAUCAACUUUUGCAAGACCAUUACUAUUAAGAUAAAUGGAAGUCUGGUUGAACAACUUGUAGAACUGUCCAAGAAGAUGGAGUUGUUUAUUUGUGACUGGCAAAAAUUCAUGGACAAAAUCCGAUCUUAUCACUAUUAUUUAAACUUCUUCACAGCAGAACAAAUAUUCCAUCUAUGCAGCGUCCUGAGUCCUGCAAAUGUAAAUACAGAAAUAGAUGAGCAAGUGCUGAUGAUGCUCUCUUUCAUCAAACCUAACUGCUCAGCUUCAGAUGUCUGGGAACCAUGGCAGAGGCUCUCCAACCGAUUUGAGCAUGGUGAAGUCCUUAACAAGAAUGAUGACACAUUUUCAGUCUGUUUUAGCCGUUUAACACAUGAGGAUGCAGUAGAAAAUGGAGACCAGACUUUUGGUUUAAGAGAACUAGAAGACCUGUGGAGAGACUAUAUUGGGAAUGACAGAAUGUUUUUCCAUGACAUUUUGGACAUACGGAGUUUAGGACAUUUACUUAAAAUGAUGGCUGAUCCAGAAAAGGAUGAAUCAGAAGAACCAGUACUCUGUGAAAAUGAGGAUUCUUCCCUAAGAAGAGUUCUCCCUAAAGGUCUCAUUGCAAAGCAACCAAAUCUCCUAAUCUGCCCACAUGACCAGGUUCUGACUUCAAGUAUCUGCUUGUACAUGAACAGUGAAUAUGAACCUCUACCAAGUUAUGAUGAGGUUCUCUUGUGUACCCCAUCAACAUCCUAUGAGCAAGUGGAGCUUUUCCUGAGGAGAUGUCUCACACCAGGGGAUGUUGGCCAGAAAGUUUACACAAUGAUUUGGGCAGAUCAGCUUGCAUAUGAUGUCAGCUGUGACAUGGAGAAAUGUUUUCAGAGACUGAGCACUCACUUUAACCACAACGAUUACAGACUUGUGAUCUAUUGUAGCUCUGAGAGAGAACACACUUAUGUUCCAACUGCGUUUAGUCAGUUCAAAAGAGACUUUGUACCUCAAGAGCCACUGGGGAAGAUCCAGCAAUAUUUGUCCAGGCAUUUUUCACCCCUGUCAGAUCUGAAGGAUGCUAUGUUUAAAGGGGGCCAUACUGUUGGCAUUGUCUCAUCGCAUCGUGCUGGAGUUGGGAAGUCUCUAUAUGUCCAAAGGCUGUAUGAAAAACUGGAAAGAUAUGUUGGAGAAGGUACUGCUUUUAAAAAGUGCAUUCGCCUCACUGAACAUACCAUUGAUGACCACCAAAUUCUCCAGUCUUUGUACGACACUCCAACGCAAAGGGAUUUUAAGGUUUUUCACCUUGAUGUCACAUCAUCGGUACAGAAAGGCCUGGAUGAAUUCCUUUUCAAGUUGUUCUUUUUGCGAUACUUGAUGGAUUCAGAUGGACAAAUGUGGCACUGUACCCAUAAACACCUGUAUAUCAUGGAGUUAACAGAAACCACAAAUGAUCAGGCCAGAUGUGGCACAAGAUUGGGCCAAAAGGAAAACUUUGCAAUCCCUGACGUUUUCCCAAAAGUGUUUUGUCGCCCUCCUAAAGAAGUCAUGGCAUUGGAAAAGCAAAAGGAGGAAAAUUUUUCCACUGACAACGAUGACCCUCUUAUGGAUGUUGACUGUUUUGGGAGUGAAGCUUUUCAGAGACCAUACCAGUAUCUCACACGCUUUCACAAUAAUGAGAAUCUUGAUGACUUUACUUACAAGGGGAUUGAAGGCUCUCAUUCACAUUGUCUUCAGAUAUUCUUGUUCUAUUGUGGUGUUUUGGAUCCGUCAUGGGCAGAACUUUGUAACUUUGUGUGGUUUCUUAAUCUUCAGUUGCAAGCUUGUGAAAAUUCAGUCUUCUGCAAUGUUGAGUUUGUUGGAGACACUCUUCAAGGGUUCAAAAACUUUGUGGUUGAGUUUAUGAUCUUGAUGUCCAAAGACUUUGCAACACCGUCAUUAUGUAUCACAGAUGAGAGCCUUGGAAAAAGACAAACUGACCUGACUGGAGUAAAUGAAAACGAUUUGGCUCCAUUUCUUAUUCGAAAAAGGUGGGAAGCUGAACCUCAUCCAUACAUAUUUUUUAAUGAUGACCACACUUCCAUGACGUUCAUUGGAUUUCAUCUGAGACUUAAUGGCCGGAGAGGAGUUGAUGCUAUAAAUCCAUCAACAGGAAAAGUAAUAAAGGAAAACAUCAUGACUCAAGAGCUGUACAGGGGGCUAAUGCAUCAAAGAGUCCCUUUUAAUGUGGAUUUUGAUCAGCUGCCUAGAGCAGACAAGAUUGAGCAUCUGUGCAGUGUACUUGGGAUCAAAUGGCCAACUGAUCCUGAUGAAACUUACGAGCUGACCACAGACAAUAUCCUCAAAAUGAUGGCAAUACACAUGCGAUUUAGGUGUGGCAUUCCAGUCAUAAUAAUGGGUGAGACAGGAUGUGGUAAGACAAGACUCAUAAAGUUCAUGUGUGAACUGCGAAGAUGUGGCGCAGCAGCAGAGAACAUGAAACUGGUCAAGGUUCAUGGAGGAACAACGUCUAGAAUAAUUCACGAUAAAGUGAUUGAAGCAGAAACUCUUGCAAAGACCAACAAAGAGAAUCAUGAAUUUGACUCAGUUCUUUUCUUUGAUGAGGCAAACACCACAGAAGCCAUAAGCAGCAUCAAGGAAAUCAUUUGUGAUCAUUCAGUUCAGGGAAAAGGCCUUUGCUCUCAGACAGGACUGCAGAUUAUUGCUGCAUGCAACCCAUACAGAAAACACACACCUGAAAUGAUUGAGAGGCUUGAGACAUCAGGAUUGGGCUACAGAGUCCAUGCUCAGGAAACACAAGAAAAGUUGGGCUCCAUUCCUCUUCGCCAGCUUGUGUAUCGUGUUCAUGUGUUACCACCUAGCUUGAUGCCUCUUGUGUGGGAUUUUGGGCAACUCAGUGACUCAGCAGAACAAAUGUAUAUCAAACAAAUCGUGCAAAGGCAAGCAAAGGCCAAUGUGAUUGAGGAACGGCACAUUCCAAUGAUAUCUAAGGUGUUAUCUUCAUCACAACAGUUCAUGAGGGAAAAGAAGGAUGAAUGUAGUUUCGUCAGUCUGAGAGACGUUGAACGUUGCAUGCAGGUAUUUGUGUGGUUCCACAAGAAUCACUCCAUGUUUGCUGAAAAACUCAAAGGUUUAAUACAGCAACAAACUAAAAGGAGAAACAAACCAAACUUUUCCCCUGCUAGUGACAGAGUGAUCUGGUCACUCUUGAUGGCAACCGGAGUUUGCUAUCAGUCCUGCUUAGAGAACAAAGACCAGUAUCAGAAAACUAUCAGUCGACUUCUUACACCUGAGUACAAACAACAGAGAAUACAGCAGGAAAUCCAACUCAUGCAGGACCUUCUACUAAGCGGUGUACCUUUGGGAAAGACAAUAGCCAGAAAUGAAGCUUUGAAAGAGAACUUCUUUAUGAUGGUCCUUUGUGUUGAGCUAAGAAUCCCCUUGUUUAUUGUUGGGAAACCAGGGAGCUCCAAAUCACUCUCUAAAACCCUGGUAGCAGAUGCUAUGCAAGGUCCCACAUCACACUCAGACCUGUUUAAGAGACUUAAGCAGAUACAUCUGGUGUCUUUCCAGUGCAGUCCCCAUUCAACACCUGAAGGAAUUAUCCACACGUUCAAACAAUGUGCCCGAUUUCAAGAGAGCAAAAAUCUGGACGAAUACAUCUCUGUGGUCGUUCUUGAUGAAAUAGGGUUAGCUGAGGAUUCCCCGAAAAUGCCUUUGAAAACACUACACCCAUUACUCGAAGAAGGAUGUGUUGAUGAAAAGCCACAGCCUCAUCAAAGGGUUGGUUUUAUUGGGAUUUCCAACUGGGCAUUGGAUCCUGCCAAAAUGAAUCGUGGGAUUUUUGUGUCCCGUGGUGAUUUAAGCGAGACAGAACUCAUCAAAAGUGCUGAAGGAAUCUGUGCAUCUGAAAGAAACAUCCUUGAGAAGAUAAAGAAUCUCUUUCAGCCCUUUGCAAAAGCAUAUAUAACAGUAUGCAAAGAGGGCAAAGGCUUUUUUGGUCUACGGGACUUUUAUAGUCUUAUAAAGAUGAUAUUUUCCAUCACAAAGACCUCAAAUGAGUGCCCCACUGUCGAUCAAAUCGCUGGAGCAGUCCUGAGAAACUUCAGUGGAAAAGAUGAUGUUAAGGUGAUUGACAUUUUCUUCAGAGAACUCAGGUGUGACUUUUCCAAUACAAGCAUCAGUACCAUUGACAUGAUCAAAGAAAGUAUUUUUCCAGCUUGCCAAAUGGAGGAAAAUCGGUACCUUUUAAUCCUUACUAAAAACUAUGCAGCACUCCAGAUACUUCAACAGAUAUUUUUGUCUCGUCAAGUCCAUCCAGAGAUCAUCUUUGGGUCCAGCUUCCCAAAGGACCAGGAGUACAUGCAGAUUUGUAGAAACAUCAAUCGUGUCAAAGUUUGCAUGGAGACCGGACAGACAGUUGUGCUUCUGAACCUACAGAAUCUGUAUGAAAGUCUGUAUGAUGCUCUCAACCAAUACUAUGUGACUCUAGGGGGUCAGAAGUAUGUUGAUCUUGGAUUAGGGACCCAUCGUGUGAAAUGUAGAGUUCAUCCAAAGUUCAGGCUCAUUGUCAUUGAAGAAAAGGAAGUUGUUUAUGAGCAGUUUCCAAUCCCACUCAUUAACCGACUGGAGAAACACUGUCUGGACAUCAACACUGUCCUCAAAAUGGAACAGCGGGACAUUGCAAAACAAAUACAGACCUGGGUUAACAAAUUUGUCACAAUAGAACUUGACUACUCCACAAUUCAGACAUAUAUUCCAGGAGAUGUUUUCAUCGGCUACCACUCAGACACAUGUUCCUCUGUUAUCCUUCAAGUAACUGAGGAUAAAGAUCUUGAACCAGAUGAUCAAGUCAAUCUGAAUAAAGUCACAAGUGUUAUGCUCAACUGCGCAACCCCAGACUCAGUUGUUCGUUUGGACAAAUCUCAACUCCCUGAUGACGAAAGAGACCAUUUGAUGAAGGAAUAUGUCAAAGAGGACAAGCACAGGUCUCUGGGAGACUACAUUGCAUAUCACAUAAAACAGUUUGAACAUUCACAAGUGUCAUUCACUGAGGUGACAACAUUUUCCAGGCUGCUAACUGCAGCAGAUGCUGAACAACUGCAAAAUGAGAUAAAAUGUGAUGCUGUCAAGCUGCUAUUUCUGCUGCAAUUUGAAACAGAGUACUCUUUCCUCAAAACAAUCAGGGAAUUUCUUGACUCGGCACGAAAGAACAAUGUGCUCAUUGUCCAAACUGAGUUUGAUGAGGACUUUCAAAAAAGAAAUAUUCUCUCCUCAGCCAAGUACUCCUGCAUCAAUGAAAUAAAAAAGGGCCUCAUGAAAGAUGACACAAAGACAUUUGUGUACUUUGUCACAAAACUUCCUCGAAUGGAAGGGGGGACCUCCUAUAUUGGAUUUCAAGGCGGUCAUUGGACGUCUGUUCACAUUGAUGAUCUCAGAAGAUCAAGGGAAUUUGUUUCUGAUGUUCAUUUUUUGAAAAAUCUGCGCAUUAGUGAUCUCUUUGAAGACCCACCUGAGGCCAUGGAGACCGAAGAUCAGUUCGGACAACCACAAAAUGACAACAUUGCUGUGUUGGGAGAUGUAUUUGAUGCAACGGAUCUAGUGAAGACCUGUGUUCAGACUGCCGUGGGCAUGCUUCGAGACGUUGUUGACAGUGGGGAACUCGGCACAAGGAGAGUUGAGAACUUGCUAACGCUUCUGGAGGAAAGUGUAUUUGCAGAUCUUGUGAGGAAACAUCUCCACUCCUUGUUGAAAGAGUAUGAGGCUAACAUCCUCAGUCAGCCAAAAGACUGGGUCCUAAAUCAAGCUUCUAAUGUCAAUGCCCUUCAAGAGGGAGGAACAUUUGUACACACAUUAUGGAGGAAAAUACAAGCAGUUGUGACUCCACUUCUAGCCAACUUGGUUUCAGUCAUUGACAAAGAUUGCAAUUUAGACCUGCUGCUGGAUGAAGGGGAAGAGAUGAGGAACCUAUGGCUUCAUAUUUUUAGCAGCAAAGAAAUGCUCAGUGUGCCCUAUGCAAAAGAGAUCAACAUGCUAAUUGUGCAAAGCCACAACGUAGGUGGGAACACCAUGCGCUGCCGCAUGCCCUUCAGCUGGUGUAUCAAAGACUUCCUGGAUGAGCUCAUGAUGCAAGCAUUUAGACAUCAAAGUAAUUUAUGUCAGUAUUUCCAUGAGCUGUUCUUGAAUACGUCAUUUGGCAAGUACAUGGCUGAAAAUGUGAAUGAGCGACUGAAGAACGACCUUUUUGAGAGGUACCUUCAUGACUUUGUUUCCAUGACCAUGAAAGUAGCAUCAGAUGAUGAAUUAGAGCUCUUGUGUCAAGCUCUGGCCAGCUGCAUUGAUGAAGUCCAGAGACAAAAACGAGAUGCAGAAAAACCUACACUGCUCCACAUCCACUUUGCCUUCUAUUCCUACCGACAGCGCCUUCAGAACCUCUCACGGAUUAUUUCCCUUCAACCUGAAAUUGUUUUACCUUUACGAAGAAACCAACACAGAAGAAACUGUCCUGAAAUGGUUUUAGAUGUUCUUGCAGCAAAGGCUUGUGUGGAGAACCUGGAACCCCAAAAUUUACACUCUGAUGCUCUCUGCCGACAAUGGAUGAGGCAGGUGAAGAGGCUUCAAGUGUCUAUGGAGCUGAUUUUCUCUCAGCAUAGCCUCCGUCAGUAUGGAGAUCGAUGCAAGGGAGAACUCCAUCCUAUCGGUAACGGCUGGAAACGUAUUUACAUCCUUGCGCUCUUUGUGGAACAUCUGCUGCUGGGUUUUAAAAAUGAAGACCUUCAGCUCAAGAAUCUGGUCCUAAGGCACAUGAAAACCUUGAGCACGGUCCUCGAGAGAAACUCGGAUGUAAAAGUCGCCAAGCCUUUCGAAGCUGUGAUUGAAAACCUGAAGUCCUGUAAACAAGCAGCACUUGAUCAGCUAUUUAGGUUUGGAGUUCACUGUGGGGUAUGCAUGGCAGAGCCUGAGGAGCCUGUGGAUUUGCCAUGUCGUCACAUGUUUUGCUUGACGUGCAUAAAAGAAAGUCUGGACACUGGAAAUACAUCCUGUCCCACCUGUAGGCGAGAUUUACCAGACGGCUUUCAGCCCUGUGUCUCUGAGGAAAUACGGGGUUCCCUCAAGAAAAAUGGAAAUUUCAGACGACGCUGCAAUGGUUUCUUCAUUGAUCUGCUUUCUGUCGUGUGCUUCAAAGACAACAAACCACCAAGCAAAGAAGUGAUAACACACCUGUUGUCUUACCUGAGGAUCGAGACAGAACAUGAACAGGUCCAGACCAAAGACUUGUCACCUUUUGACGAGUCUCCUGAUAAAAACCCUGUUGUGCGAUCUGUAAUCCUCAAACUGCUGCUGAAGUUCAGCUUUGAUGAAGUCCAGGAAUAUUUGCAGCAGCAUUUGUCGACAGUGGAAGACAGCAGAUUUGUGGAUGAAGAUGAUAAAUCAGAACUUUAUGCCUUAUACAUCAACUGUUUAGAGGACGCCAUGUGGGAGAAAAUGUCUCUGGGAUUCAACAACGCUGAAGAGUUAAAAUUUUACGAAAAAGAAACAGAAUUUCUUGGCUUCUGUUUGAGGGAAGCAGCUUCCAUUUCAGAGACGGUGUCUAUUCAACACCUGCAGUACAUCGCUCAGCUGCGGAUGAUACUAACAAUGGCUGCCCAGCUAAUCAGUGACAAACUUUCUGCCAAAAUUGGUCCAGAUGAAGCAAAUGAUUUUCAGAACAUGGUGAUAAGGCUCUGUGAGGACAGUGGCAACGACUGGUACCGUGUUUACCUGAUUCGUAAGAUCAGUGAAUUGCAGGGUGUGGCGCAAGUCCAAUCUUUGGCUAAACAAACAGAGUUCAGUUGGCUUUUUCCAGAAGAGAUCAAAAAACAGAAUGAAGAUGGAGGCCUGAUGGACCAGUUUCUGAUGUACGGUGACGAGUACAAAACCGUUAGAGAUGCAGUUGCUAAGGCUUUAGUGGAUGGUGACGGUGAUCAGAUAGAAGAAGCAUUGGAGAAAUGCACAGCAACACGAAGAAACAUAACGGUGUUUGUCCUUCUGGCUCUCUUCCGAGAGGUUUCCACUCUUUACAGAUCUCCAAAUGCGAGUCUCCAUCCCACAUCUGAGACAUAUAAAGCAUUUGAUGACUUUAUCGAAGGCUCAGAUUAUUUGUGUGACAAAGAAAUGAGGGACUUUGCAUCCGCCUUGAUCAGCAACAAAUUGGGAGGACUUUCCGCCCAGUCAGACCACACUCCUGCAGACAACGUUGCCAUUGAGCUGGCCGUUCAUCUGGCCGUCAUUCUGCUCACCACAAACAAUGAUCUGCUCUUGCCACUCAAGCAGCUUGGUUUGUUUCCUGAUAACAUGCAGAGAGCUUUUAUACCCACAAUGCCUGAUGAUAUGGUAGCUAUUGCUCAAGCAGCAAUCCAACAAGAUUAUGGUGAACUCACCUGGUAUGUGUGUUGCAACAAUCACCUAUGCUUCGUUGAUGAGUGUGGCCUCCCUAUGGAGAGAGGGAAAUGCUUGGAGUGUGGCGAGGAGGUUGGAGGGGAAAAUCAUGCAGCCUUGCAAGGAUUCACACCAGUUCAGCUACAGCAGGAUCAUACAAGACCUGGUCACAUCCUUGGAGACCCUGAGAGAAGAAACAACCCAGAUGCCCUGGACACCAAAAACAUGUCUCUGACUCCGUUCAUGUUGGUCAGGCUGGUUACACAUUUGGCCAUGUUGCUCGGCACUUCAAAGAACUGUGAGUCUGUCCAGCAGAUCAUCCAUCCACCUGUGGAAGAUGUUGUUCUUUUUCUCAGCCAGCACAUAAUGAAGGAUCUUGAGCAGCUGACGCAGGCGCUUGCAAAAGGAGCGGAUGAUGCUGUUACCACUACCCACUUGAUUCUCAAAUCCCUUCAAGAACCAGUGCAGACCAACAACCAAAACAUUGAUGCUCAACUUUCUACAAAAGCAUCUAGAAACACCUGGGAGACGUCUGUGGCUGCAGACAUUAUGACACCUAAACUAAAGAUUCUUGAUCAACUCCUGCAGGAAGCAAAAGGCCACAUUACAAAUGAUUCCCGUGUUUCUUCAAACUUCAUCCUGAGAAUCACCUUUGGCGACGACUGUAAAUUCCUCACAUCGCUGCAGCAAACAUCUGAGGUUCACAGUUCAUCAGUGUGGAGCUGCAGGGAGAGGCUGUCAUUGCUCAGCCUCACACACAUCAUACAGUACAGAGACCUAAAAGAGGAGCUGCCGCUGCUCUGGAAGUUCAUGCAGAAGGAGACAGAAUAUCGUCAAAUUAUGUUUUUGCCAGAUAUCGUAACGUUGCAGAACCGUUUGGUGAAAAAGUACCAGAACGCCUCUGAACAAAUUGAUGGUUCCAUUUCUGAUUUCUUACAAAAUCAAAAAGGCUCACAGAUGAGGUCAUGGUAUGAAAAACACAUCAAAAUAUUCCUCCAAACGUGGAACCUGCUAAGAGUCCAUGUAACAACCAAUGAGCUAAAAAUCCCGGAGGAAUUUUGCAGUACCGAUCUGGACUUGAGCAGCCCCCUGCAGUACCUCCUGCCCCGGCGUCAGGGUCCAGGACUGUGUGCCACCGGCCUGGUCAGCUACCUGGUGACCCUGCAGAAUGAGCUGGUGAACGCUGUUCACCGCCACUCUGGAGAGGAACCCAGCUACAAGGUUGCUAUUGCAGACCUGAUGGAUGAGCAUGUGAUCAGCUACGAUGUGGAGAAAGAUCUGCUGCCUCUGGUUCUGUCCAACUGCCAGUACAGCCUGCAGCGCGGCCAAGAGACGAUAUCCGAAUACGACCUGCCGCGCAUCCAGCAACAGAUCCUCACACGCUUCUUACAGGAAAAACCUCUCAUCACCCGAACUGGAAUUCCCACUCUGAUCAACGCACAAGGCAAAGACUAUGAGUCCAUUUUCAAAGCUAUUAAAGGAAAAAUCCCACAGGUCUUACCUACCAAGAUGACCCGGAACAGAAUAUCCAGAGAGCUCGACUCGUUAAGUGAUGUGUGUGAAGCGCUGAAGAUUGUCGAUCUACUACUGGGAUUCCUGUCAAUGACUGGUGGUGACCCCAGUAUGCCACUGGUCACUUACCUCCACGACAAAUUAAAGAUGGACCAGAACAUUGAUGAGCACAUACUGAAGGCUCUGAGGAAAUGUAACCUGGAACAUUGUGUCUUCCUUUGGCAACUUCUCUCCUCCCUCAAAUCUGAAAACCUGCUGCCUCUUAAAAGGGAUCCGUUUUUUGAGCAUCCAAAAGAGUAUAAGGAGCUGCUGACUGAAGAAAACAAGGCUGAGCUGAAAGGCUUCAUGUCUCGUGGAAACGCUGGACAAUGGCUGCUGGAGAUGCACGAGUUCAUCCUGCUGGUUCUGAGCCGUCCUCACGUCACUGAUCGGUACAACCCGGAAUGGAGUGUGAAAGAGUCGAUGCAGAUCUACAUGGAUGAGAAAAAAGAGGAGAUUCCUCAGUAUGUGGAGGAAAACUUCCAUGAAAAUCUGCAGCUUUCCCAGGUUCUGGAGGCUUGGAAAUAUGUCGUCACGUCUAAACAGGAGUGGAUGAAGGAGGGAUGAGGCGACUGCUGAAAUUAUUUCUUGUUGUUUUGUUGAACGAAGAAACUUUUUAAGACAUCUGUAGGCUUUUCCAGUAUUUUUUGUCACUGUAUGACAGUAAUUAUAAGUAUAAUUUACUUUUAACUAAUCAUGAACAAAAUUAUCUCAGCUGGUUUAUCAUGCAUUAGUUCAUGUUAUUAAUGCUUUUAUUCUUUUAAAAAUUUUAUUAGUUCAAUAUUUUAUUCUCUGAUUAUUGUGUGUCAUAAAGCAGGGAUGACAAAUUAAGAUUUGAAAUGAAUUUUUAAAAAACAAUGGUUUUUCUUAUUUUUACUUAAA